AUGCACACUAGAAACUGGAUCAUCGUAGUGUUGAUUUUCAUCAUCUUCACCACCUUGGUUCAAAUCGGGGGUCUGGUGUCUCCCUUGUGGAUAUACAUAGAGACCAAUAAUAACAUCACUGUAGGCGUUGGUCUGUACUACAGAAUCGGCUGUGAGGCGUCCAGUGGCAACAACUGCAGUGCGGCUGGGUUUCCACGUCUUCCUUUCGGUUAUAACACAACUGCAACUUAUGACCAGAUGAGCUGGAAGGCCAUUGUGGGCUUGGAGACCGCCUCCGGGGGGUUGGGGAUUGUCCUCACGAUAAUGAUGAUCAUCUACCUGAUCGGCUUCGGCGUGUGGAAGAAAAUGAAUGGUCUCAACAUUGCGAUGGUGGUCAUUUGUAUUUUGGCAUGGUUGUCUCUGAUAGCGGGAUUGGUUGUUUACAUCGUAUUUUACGGCUUGGUCAUCGUACGGAGCCCAGAUGUUAACGCCCGCAGCUUCCCGUGGUCGCCCCUGAUAUGCCUGGUUGCCGCCAUUCUGUUCUUCAUAAUCACAUUCCUCAUUCGCUUACGUUGUCGGAAUCGCAAUUAUUUGAAGAACGCUAUCCCAACAUCGACCGAUUCUAAGCUGGCCCUUAACCCAUUCACCAAGAACAAGCUCAUGAUGCGGUAUUUUACACCGUCGCCGUAUAAAGAAGAGCGACGCCAGGCUCUGUAUGCGGCCAACAGCCACUACAGCGACCAGAGUCACCUCCUUGGGAAUGGAUUUACUGUUGGAGCGAUAGAACAAUCCACAGGAGUGGAAAACAUGGGGUUUAGAAACAAUUACAGCAGGGCCAUCGAAUACAAUGUUAAUAACAGGAUGAACGGAGCGGCGGUACCAGUUAUUCAAACCAGUACUUUGCCAGUUGGUACUUUUGUUGGCUCUACGAAAACUGUAGUUGAGGGCGGAAUGAGCGGAAACAUUUAUGACAGGGAUCUGAGUUCGUUUGUUAACAAUAACAAUAAAGGAACUUACGGAACGGAAGUGGUUAAGAGAACCCUGGUAACCAGAACCGUUGGGGAGAACUCUUACGGAGCUGAAGAGGACCAAAGGCGAAACAUUGCUUACCAACCAGAAGUUAAAGGUGUCAACACCAACACUGUGUACACUCAUCAUCACCAUCAACAGCAGCAGCAGCAGACAUCAGCAAGUCAGAUACCGGAUCGACGAAUCGUCCAGGAUGAAAACAUUGUCGGAAACUCAGUGACUCUAAACCGUAACCGCGGGUACGAUGCUUUUUCUGACAUCGACACUGAAACCGUAUACUACACCGGAAAAGAAGGAUUCAGGCCCAUAACUCUAGGCAGAGAGAUGUAUGUUAAAAAUAAAGGACGACCUAUUGCAACAAGUAGUGGUGUAACCACCAGUUAUGUCGUGAGUUCUUCGCUGCAGCCGGUCAAAGAGGAGCAGACUAUUGAGGAGGUCACGGUCAUUGAAAGAGGCGCCGGUAGAGUGGCACAACAACACUCCAACUUCCGGGUUCCCGCUGACCACAGAGUGACCACAGGUCUCCAGAAGGCCGCCGACUAUACUGUCCAUACCCGUACCUUCACAGACAAUCAGGCCGCCGAUCAGGUUGUCCACACAGCAGGUAACCUGUCGGGGAAAACGUUCGCUUACAACGGUACAUACAUCUAUCGACCGUAUUCUGAAUCUAGCUAUUGA